AUGAGUGCCCCGCAGCCCAACUCUGAGCCGGCAUCAGAGACCUAUAAGCCCAGAUAUAUCGAUCUGGUGAAGAUAGGAAUCAAUCUAGCCGAUCCCAUCUUCAGGGGUAAACAUCACGGCACUCAGCGCCACCCAGACGAUCUCAAGGAUGUCAUCAGCAGAGCCAAGGAAGUGGGCUGCACUAAGCUCAUUGUGACGGGCUCUGAUUUCACAAGCGCUCGUGAUGCCUUGGAGCUGGCAAAGGAAUUCCGUCGCAGUGCUAUAUUUUGCAAAGGAGGCCAUGGUAGGCAUGAAGAACAUGUGGCCCCUUGUGAGCCCGAAGACCCGGAAUCAACAGAGCACCGAGGUGAACCCGACUCGGAAACAUCUGCAAAGGUGAUUGCCGAAUUCGAGACCCUGCUUGCCGACGCUACGGCCUCUAGCAAGCAUCAUCUCGUCGCCCUAGGAGAGUUUGGGCUUGAUUACGACCGGCUGAACUUUUGCAGCAAGGCCGCUCAGUUACACUCAUUUGAAGCUCAGCUCAAGGUCGCCGCCUCUCUUCAGCCCCAGCUACCACUGUUUCUUCACUCUAGAGCCGCCCAUCGCGACUUUGUAGACCUGUUGAAAGGAGCUUUCGGUGACAAGCUCGAGAGAUUGGAGAAGGGCGGCGUAGUACACAGCUUCACGGGUACCAUAGAGGAGAUGAAGGAGCUGAUGGACCUAGGCCUGCAUAUUGGUGUCAAUGGCUGCAGUCUCAAAACGGAAGAGAACCUUACCAUGGUGAAGGAGAUUACCCUUGACAGGAUCAUGCUUGAAACAGACGGUCCUUGGUGCGAGGUACGACCCAGCCAUGCUGGAUACCAGUAUCUGAUAGAGAAGAAGCCCGAGCCGGAACAGCCAGCGACAAAUGGCGAGCCUCAACCAGCCGAUGCAGCCACACAGCAGCAGACAAGGCGGCCGAAGAAGCAGAAGAACCAAAAGAAGGAGCCUGAUGUGCCAAACAGGUUCAAGGUAGUGAAAAAGGAGCAGUGGCAGCAAGGGGCCAUGAUCAAAGGCCGCAACGAGCCGUGUACUAUUGAGCGGGUUGCCAAAAUCGUCGCUGCCGUCAAGGGCGUGAGCAUAGAAGAACUUUGCGAGGCAUCGUGGAGAAACACCGUGAGCGUGUUUGGCCUCGGCGAGACAAAUUAG